GCCACGAUGUCCAUUGCAAAGCUUCUCCUAAUAUGUUAUUUAUUUCAAGGCAUCUUAUGCCAGCACUGGUCUGUUUUAAUGCCUCAGACCAUAGAAGGGCUGAGUGGAUCCUGUCUGAUCAUCCCAUGUACUUUCACCUUGCCCCCUGAAUGGGAUCAGUACCUGGACCACUCAUGCAAAGCCAUCUGGAGGAGAGGCAGCUGGAGCCGAACGCAGGUGUUUGAUUCUAGCCUCGCCGGAGCAAGCGUCAACUUAAAUCUCCUGCAGGGAAACCUAACAGGGGUCCUGCGUGAUAAAGACUGCACCACCAUCUUCAACAACCUGCCGUCUAACCAUUACGACAACUAUUACUUCAGACUGCAGUGUGAAAACUCACUGAAGUUCAACUUUCAAGCAGGCGUUCGUAUCACCACUCAAGAUUCUCUCCCCAGGCCUAUCGUGACUCCAUCCAAGCUGGAAGUAGAGGAAAGGACUGAAGUUGCAUUGAGUUGUUCAGCUGUAAUACCCUGUCCAACUCUUCCCCCACUAGUGACAUGGACACCAAUUUUAGGAGACACAGAGGAAAAUAUAGAAGCAAAUUCUUUAACCUCUCUUAUGCAUUUUAACGCUUCUCACCUCCACAAUGGACAGAAGGUUUCCUGCACUGCUACCUACAACAGGCAAGCUGGACACAGUGAUCUCGUCUUUGAAAGGAGUUUAACAAUGCAGGUUUUUUACUCCCCAUAUAACACAACAGUGAGUGAUUCUGGUCCAGUGUUGGAGGGCAGCGUGGUGACUCUGACCUGCAGUGCCAAUGCUAAUCCAGAAGUGGACAGCUACACCUGGUAUAAACUCGCUGGAGAGCAAGUGGAAGAAGUUGGAUCUGAGAGCACAUUUUCAACCACAGCUACAGAAGCUGAUAACCAGUUUUUCUGCAAAGCCGUUAAUGGAUAUGGAAGCCAAAACUCUUCAAUCAUGCAAAUAGAUGUAUUGUUUUCUCCCAAGGAGACAGCGGUUCUUGUUGAGCCAGCUGGUCUGAUCCUGGAGGGCAGCUCUGUGUCUCUGCUUUGUAGAAGCCAUGCAAACCCACCAGUAACCAAUUACACCUGGUACAAAGAUGACGAAGUGUAUCAGGAGAAAGGACCAAAAAUUGUCUUUAAUGGUAUAGAUCCCAGCCAUAGCGGUGAAUAUUACUGCUCUGCAAAAAACGACUUUGGAGAAGAAACUUCAGCAAUGAUUCCUCUGGAUGUUCAGUAUCCCCCUAAAAACACUACUGUGUCUGCUGACUCGUCUGGCUCAAUUUCUGAUGGCAGCUCUGUGACUCUGACCUGCACCAGCAUGGCUAACCCACCAGUAGCUAAUGUCACCUGGUUCCGAGUUGCCGGUGGAGAAAAGGAGGUUGCUGGCUUGGGUCAGAACUUCACCUUUAAUGUGACCAAACUCUCUAAAGAUCUAUAUUACUGUGAAGCACUAAAUGUUCAUGGAUCUCAAUACUCAGAACCUUUCACUAUUGAUGUUCUAUAUUCUCCAGAAAUUCUAUCAUCUUCUCGCUGUGUCAAAAUCUUGUCCCGCUUUCGGUGCUCCUGUGACAGUCAGGGUAACCCGCCUCCUUCCCUGCUUUGGGAACUGGCUGGAGAACGUGUCAAUAACUCAGCUGACAUCCCAAUACGAGAGAUAAUUAUGGGGCCAGGGACGGUCCGGAGUGUCAUCACCCUGUACAGUCUAAAUGAAGACUUGCCCACCUUGGUGUGCCUCAGCAGAAACUUACUGGGCUCUGAUAGUCUGGCUUAUAAUGUUUCCUCCAGUGAAACUCAGCUAGGUGGGACUCUGCAGAAACCUGCAUUCAUAGAGUUUUUAUCUGUCAUUCAACAUGUUCUGUUAUGGAUUUUUUCAGGUGUUGAUGUUGUCUCUCUGCUCAUCGGCUCAGCAGCUGGAGCUCUGGGGAUGAUGGUGAUUUGCAUUCCUCUGUUGAUAUUUUUCUGCAGAAAAAGAAAACACAGCUUUUCACCCAAGAAGAAGUUGGCGGAAGCAGAAGAAUGUUUAGUCACAGAUGUGGCCAACCCUUCCUCAGAAGCCGCCAUUUUUGCCAACAAAGCUGUAGAGAAUGAUGUGGAAAAAGACAAAGAAGAGCACCUAAACUAUGCCAGUGUGGACUUUGCUAAGCUGCAGGCAGAAUCGGAAAGUCUGCUUGGGGAUGGAACUAUCAGAGGACUGGCCUCAAAGACGGCUGAGUACGCUGAAAAUCACCCCAACUGCAGAGAAAGUAAUGGAGGAGAAUCAAAAGAGCAAGAAAACGUCUCAGGCACUACCUUGGGACAUGGUAAAAAUGCUAAUAAUCUUGAGGUAACUAACAAGGUUUCACCUUGAAUUGAAGUCAGUUUGUAGCAGAAAACAAGAUGGACUUUGGUUUUAUUUCAACAUUA